GCAGCCCUAGCGCCCGCCCGGCGCUCCUCAAGAUGGCGGCCGACAGUGAGCCCGAGUCCGAGGUAUUUGAAAUCACGGACUUCACCACUGCCUCGGAAUGGGAAAGGUUUAUUUCCAAAGUUGAAGAAGUCUUGAAUGACUGGAAAUUGAUUGGAAACUCUUUGGGAAAGCCACUUGAAAAGGGAAUAUUCACUUCUGGCAUAUGGGAAGAGAAAUCAGAUGAAAUUUCCUUUGCUGACUUCAGAUUCUCAGUCACUCAUCAUUAUCUUGUACAAGAGUCUACUGAUAAAGAUGGAAAGGACGAAUUACCAGAAGAUGUUAUUCCACAGUCUAUGCAGGAUUUGCUGUGUAUGAAUAAUGACUUUCCUCCAAGAGCGCAUUGCCUGGUAAGAUGGUAUGGGCUGCGUGAAUUUGUGGUGAUUGCCCCUGCUGCACACAGUGAUGCUGUUCUCAGUGAAUCUAAGUGCAACCUUCUUUUGAGUUCUGUUUCCAUUGCAUUGGGAAACACUGGCUGUCAGGUGCCACUCUUUGUGCAAAUUCAUCACAAAUGGCGAAGAAUGUAUGUGGGAGAAUGUCAGGGUCCUGGUGUCCGAACUGAUUUUGAAAUGGUUCAUCUUCGAAAAGUGCCAAACCAGUAUACUCAUUUAUCAGGUCUGCUGGAUAUCUUCAAAUCAAAGAUUGGAUGUCCUUUAACUCCACUGCCUCCAGUAAGCAUUGCUAUUCGAUUUACCUAUGUACUUCAGGAUUGGCAGCAAUAUUUUUGGCCUCAGCAACCUCCAGAUAUAGAUGCCCUGGUAGGAGGAGAAGUUGGAGGCUUGGAGUUUGGCAAGUUACCAUUUGGUGCCUGUGAAGAUCCUAUUAGUGAACUUCAUUUAGCAACUACAUGGCCUCAUCUCACUGAAGGAAUCAUUGUAGAUAAUGAUGUUUAUUCUGAUCUGGAUCCUCUUCAAGCUCCUCAUUGGUCUGUUAGAGUUCGAAAAGCUGAUAAUCCUCAGUGUUUGCUAGGUGAUUUUGUUACUGAGUUUUUUAAAAUUUGCCGUCGAAAGGAGUCAACUGAUGAGAUCCUUGGACGAUCCACAUUUGAGGAAGAAGGAAGAGAAAUUGCUGAUAUAACUCAUGCUUUGUCAAAGUUGACAGAGCCAGCACCUGUUCCAAUUCAUAAAUUAUCAGUUUCAAAUAUGGUACACACUGCAAAGAAGAAAAUACGAAAACACAGAGGUGUAGAAGAAUCACCACUGAAUAAUGAUGUCCUUAAUACCAUUCUCUUGUUCUUAUUCCCUGAUGCUGCUUCUGAGAAACCAGCAGAUGGAACUUCUUCAACAGACAAUAGUAACCCUCCAUCAGAGAGUGAAGACUAUAAUCUCUACAAUCAAUUCAAAUCUGCACCAUCUGAUAGUUUAACAUACAAAUUGGCUUUGUGCCUUUGUAUGAUCAAUUUCUACCAUGGAGGGUUGAAAGGAGUGGCACAUCUCUGGCAGGAAUUUGUUCUUGAAAUGCGCUUCAGAUGGGAAAACAAUUUUCUGAUUCCAGGAUUAGCAAGUGGACCCCCAGAUCUAAGAUGUUGUUUACUACAUCAGAAACUACAGAUGUUAAAUUGUUGUAUUGAAAGAAAGAAGGCCCGUGAUGAGGGGAAGAAGACAAGCACUCCAGAUAACAUCACUAAUACAUGGUCAGUGGAUGCUAGAAAAACUGGAGACCAGCUGGGGCCAGAUAAUCUCAAUGAUACAGAUAAGGAGAAGGGAGAGAUGGGAAAGUCUUGGGAUUCCUGGAGUGACAGUGAAGAAGAAUUUUUUGAGUGCCUAAGUGAUACUGAAGAACUUAAGGGAAAUGGACAAGACAGUGGCAAGAAAGGAGGCCCUAAGGAGAUGGCAAAUUUAAAGCCAGAAGGACGUCUCCAUCAGCAUGGGAAACUUACACUGCUGCAUAAUGGAGAACCUCUCUACAUUCCAGUAACCCAGGAACCAGCACCUAUGACAGAAGAUCUGCUGGAAGAGCAGUCUGAGGUCUUAGCUAAAUUAGGUACAUCUGCAGAAGGGGCUCACCUCCGAGCACGCAUGCAGAGUGCCUGUCUGCUCUCAGAUAUGGAGUCUUUUAAGGCAGCUAAUCCAGGUUGUUUUCUGGAAGAUUUUGUGAGGUGGUAUUCACCCAGGGAUUAUAUAGAAGAGGAGGUGACUGAUGAAAAGGGCAAUGUGGUUUUGAAAGGAGAACUAAGUGCACGAAUGAAGAUUCCAAGCAAUAUGUGGGUCGAAGCCUGGGAAACAGCUAAGCCAAUUCCUGCUAGACGGCAAAGGAGACUGUUUGAUGAUACUCGGGAAGCAGAAAAGGUGCUGCACUACCUGGCAAUCCAGAAACCUGCAGACCUUGCCCGACACCUGUUACCCUGUGUGAUUCAUGCAGCUGUACUCAAGGUAAAGGAAGAAGAAAGUCUGGAAAACAUUUCUUCUGUUAAGAAGAUUAUAAAGCAGAUAAUAUCCCAUUCCAGUAAAGUUUUGCACUUCCCUAAUCCAGAAGACAAGAAAUUGGAAGAAAUCAUUCAUCAAAUUACUAAUGUAGAAGCUAUAAUUGCUAGAGCCCGAUCACUGAAAGCCAAGUUUGGAACUGAGAAAUGUGAACAGGAAGAAGAAAAGGAAGAUCUUGAAAGGUUUGUGAACUGCCUGUUGGAGCAGCCUGAAGUUUUAGUCUCUGGAGCAGGAAGAGGACAUGCUGGCAGGAUCAUUCACAAGCUGUUUGUGAAUGCGCAGAGGGCUGCAGCCAUGGCUCCACCAGAGGAGGAAUUAAAGAGAAUGGGCGUCCCAGAAGAAAGGCGGCAGAACUCCGUGUCAGACUUCCCGCCACCUGCUGGCCGGGAGCUGAUUUUGCGUGCCACCGUGCCGCGGCCUGCUCCAUACUCCAAAGCUCUACCCCAGAGGAUGUACAGCGUUCUCACCAAGGAGGACUUUAGACUUGCAGGUGCCUUUUCCUCCGAUACCUCCUUCUUCUAAUUCUAGCAAGAUCUCACUGGGGGCUUCGGAGAUGGCGCCGCUUUGCUCUGCGGUAGAGUGUACCAGGGAUGACCUUUGAGGCCUUCGCGAUGGCGCCGUCUGGUGGAGUGAUCAGGAAUCACACCAGCAUCUUAAGGACUUCCCCACCCCCAAGCUUGAGCUCUUGUGUCUCGGUAGGGGCAGAGGGAAUGGGCUGGAGCUGCUGGGAGAUUUCUGCCCCAAAGAGCGGAUAUUUGUGCAUGGGGGUGACAGGCCCAGCAGAGGCACUCUGCCUGCACUCAGGUGGGAUCGCAUUCAUGUCAUUCUCACAGCACCAGGUAUACUACCAGAGUCCAGGUAGACACUUGGUGGUUAUACGUAUCAGUAUCAGGUGUGCAAGUAGAGCUCUGGCAGUUCUGUGAGGUGUCUGGAUAUUUGGGUGGUAGCUUCUAAUUCCAGAAUACAUGUUUUUAAAAUACUAGAAGACAUUCUGUUUAUUCAAUCACCUGGUGGUCACCCUUAUUAAGCUGAUUGACUUGAUGAACAUUUUGAAUAUUCUAGAAGAAACCCUAGGAUUUCAGUUUGUUUUUCCAUUAACUAAUCUAAAUGUAUUCCUACGUGUUAAAUAUCACUGCAAAUUAGUUUUAUAUAUAUCUUGUAAGAAGUGUUUUAAUUUUCCUUGUGCUGGUGGUGGUGUCCCUUCCCCGCCUACACAGUGUGCUUUCUCUUCAUGCUGCUGGCCGUGUAUUUAAUGAAGCAGAUCUGAACACAUGCAAAACAUCCAGCCUGGGUACCUAGAGACUAUCAUGUAGUUAGCGUCCUGUGCUUAAUGUGCUAAUGUCCUGAGUAGAAGAUUGCCUUAAUGCUGUUUUUGUAUUGUAGUUCAAAUGAAGAUAAUCUAUAUAUGGGAAUGUGUAGCAUCCAGAAUAAGGGUGACUGCACCAUACUUUUCAUUAAGUGAGGGUCAGGAUGUGUUCAAUCUGUGUUGCCGUAUGGUCUCUGUUUCGUAGUCUCCAAUUAUUUUUAGGCCUAAGAUUCCUACUCUAAUCCAAAGUAAAAACUUCGCCUGUAUAACUUUGAAGAACUGAUAGAGCUGUGCAAACUUAUAUUUUUGUAAACAAAAAUACACACAAUACAUGUAUGUAGGAGGGUUCUUCACAAAGUUCAUGGCUAGUGGAGUAAAUACAUUUGUCUUGAUGCAAGAAAAUUGAAACCCAUGCAUUUAAGGGGUUUUUACAGAGUUCAUGGGAAAUGUGUAUUAUGAAAAAACUAUGCAGGAUUGCAAAUUUUUUUUUUGCCCCAAAAUAAACUUUGCCGUGAACAUGUUGAAUUUCUGUCAUACACAUGAAGUAGGCAAGGCCCUGGCUGCUCUCACUGCUGCUGGGAAGUGAGACCUGAGGACUGAGCACUGGACCAAGUAGAAACCGUUUGCUCUGAGGAUAGAGUUUGUUACGUCAAGAGGGCAUUAACCCAAAAAUCCGACAGCCCAAAGUCGGCUUUAAAAAGGCUUUGCGAGUCUGUAAUAAAAAGGAGCACAUUA